AAUACUCAUUCCAUCUGUCGCCUUCAUACUCCUGCACACCGUCUGACGAGGUUUGACAGUUUAUUCAUCUCGCAUUUGGAUGGGAACGGGGUGAAAACGGGCUGCAAUCGUAAUGUAAAAUAACCAGAAAUUACCCCACUCCACGUGUAGUGAUGGUGUACGAAUAGACGCCCGUGCUGCCUUCAGGAUCCAACAAUGAACGGAGGAGAGUAUAAUCAUUAAGCUUUUUCUUCUGCCUGGUGACACGGAUUUUAAUCAGCUCAAGAAUGAUAGGAAAUCCUGACCAUAAACAAGAUAAAGAGGGCCAUGGGGAUCCAGUGGUUCGUUUCCGUAGCUACUUGCACGGUGGGACCUCCAGCUUGCUAUCCACCCUCCCUACCCUCAUCGUCUUCCCUGUCUACAAAACUGUUUUCCGCCAACAAAUCCACAACACCCCGGUUCACCAGGCAGUGGGACAGCUCUACAAAGAGGGUCCUGCAAAGCUCUACAGGGGCGUGGCCCCACCAUUACUGAUGAGGACACUGAAUGGUACGCUCCUCUUUGGCCUCCAGGACACCCUCCUUCACCAACUCUCCUUGUCAUCCCAGAAUGUCCUCUCUGCCUCUGCCCUGCCUGCUCUGGCUGGAUUCGGUGCAGGUAUGGUAGAAGCUGUGGUUUUAACCCCCUUUGAGCGUGUCCAGAAUGUGUUGCAAAAUGGCCAAAACGACAACCGUCUACCCACCUUGAAGAGUGUUCUUGUCAAGCUGCAAGCACAGAGGCCGGGCUUAGGGUACUACAGAGCCUUCCUGCCCAUCAUGGCCCGCAACGCUCUUGGCAGCUCGCUCUACUUUGGCCUGAAGGGGCCAAUGUGUGCUGUUGUGGAGGGACAGGGGCUCUCUCCAAUGGUGUCCUCCUUCAUCUCAGGGACGCUGACCUCAAUGGCAAUCAGCUUGGCUCUUUACCCGCUGUCUGUGCUAGUGGCAAAUAUGCAGGCACAGGUGGGAGGGGAAGUGAAAGGGGUCAUGGCUUGCUGGAGAAUGCUGUGGAAGUCUCGGCAGCAGAGUGUGACUCUGCUUUACCGAGGAGGUUCUCUGGUUAUUUUGAGAUCAUGCAUUACAUGGGGAAUCACCACUGCUAUCUACGACAGGCAGCAGAAGCGUUCAAGCUGAAUAGACGCAGUUAAAAAUGGCUGGUUUUAUUAUUUGUGUUAUUUAUGAUCCAGAAAACGGUCCAUGCAAUUAUUUUACGUAGACUUUUUUGACGUAGACUUGUCUGAAGAGUAUUUUGUUUUCAGUUUCUGCCCUUUUGUGUUUAUAUUCCUUAUCACUGCUAACUCUCAAUGUUUUACUGGUGAGUGAACAGCCAUGUUGCUUUUUCAAAACGCAUUCAUCGGAUCCCGGUCCCUGCGGUUCAUGCAGGUGCCCUAACCAUUUGGCCUUUUUCACAGCAUACAAGUAAACUGCAGGUGUUACUAAUAACAUUAACUAUUAUAAGUGUCCCAGUAAGCCAUAACAGUGUGACAUUGAGCCAUCAUCAACUGUACCAGGACCCUUAAACUGUAGCAGGUAAAUGGAUUUCAACCAUCAUAAAUUUUAUUACAUUUACAUUUACAUCUUUUACUACUGUUAAGCCGCUACUAAGUGACAAAAGCCUAUUAAUGGGAAUUGUUAGUGUAGCAACAAGAACGUGAUCCAUCAGCUGGUUCAAAUCAACUAACAACGCCAAUUUAGUAAGUUGAAGGUACAACUGCCAGGACUCAAACCCCGGUCUCUGAGGCGGUGGGGGAAUAUUUAUCAUUUAGUAUUUAUAUGGUGCUAGUGAAUCAUAGGUGCCUUGUAUUUUUAUUGUCUUAAAGGGGAAUUUCACCAAUUUUACUCCUCAAAUUCAGUCUCAUCAUGGGAGCUACUACUCAGGAAAUGGUUGUGCAAUCCCCUCUGUGGCACUAAAGGAACAUUGUUUUGUCAAGUUUUUUUUUUUUUAACUCAGUAGAAUGAAGAAUUGAUAGGCUGGGAGAAAGUGGCAAUGACAUCCAACAAAGGUCUCCAACCGUCCUCAAUCCAAGGAAGUUGUCUAAUGUGAUGUUAGACAACUUUAUGUUAGAAAAGUACUGUCUAGCCAGCUACAGCUAGAGUACGCAAGGUAACUGCAAUUGCUGCUACUGUAAAGUGACACAUGUACACCACUAGUUUAACAGGAUGUGUAAUUUGGUUUCAGAUCUAGAUUAUGAAAUAUAUCUGGUAACAAGGUUAAUGUGGGGGGUUUUGCAGCAUAUUUAUUUGUCACAUAGCCUUUAAUAUGUUAUCAUUAAAUAAACUGAGUUUCUCUCAGCACCCCUAGCUUUGACUGACUUCCAGCAUCCCUGCAUCAGGUCGGAGACUCCAACUUAUAAAAUAAAGCCUGCUUAACAAACUGGGGCAUGGAUUUUUAUAAGAGAUGGUUAUUUAUGGUCGCUCAGGGGUCAACAAAAUUGGUUUCAUCCAUGCUUUUUACAGUUGGACCCAGUCUCUGCUAUAUUAAUUUUGACCAUCUGUCUCUUGGGAGACUUGAUGGAAGUGAAAUACUAAAUCACAGGAGCUCCUCUUUUAAAGGACAUGUACGCACGUUCAAGGUGUAUUGUCAGUAUAUUAUUUAAUUGUCUGUGGAUUAAAGAACUGGAACAAAUGAGAGGGCACAGUGCAAGAAGAUCCUGGACAAGAAUCUGCAUGGGUGUCCAGACAUGCAGGUGAUGUUAAUCUGAAAAUAAAUUGUUAUAUAGUACUCUAAUACGCUGUAGGUAUUAUAAGUAUACAUAUACAUUGGUAUUAAUGUAGCUCAUUAAAUAAAUCUGUUUGACUGUAAAAGGAAUAUGUCAAUGGCCAUAAACCUGUGAAAUUAACAUAUAAUAACAUUAUAAUGAAGAAUACACUUUUUCCCUCAAAGUGCAUUAAUAAAUGAAUCUUAUCAGUUGUG